AUGGCAAACCUCCUUCGUAGUCCUGCACUCUUGUUGUUGGUGGCGCUCCUGAGCUUCAUCGCCUCUUCCGCCCUCGUCUCGGGCGCCACACUCGAUGUGUGCCCGAGCCCCGGGGCCUGCGCCUAUUCGUCGGUCACCGCGGCUCUGCUGGCGGCCAGGGGCGGCGACGUGGUCCACGUCCAGAAGGGCAACUACGCCAACGAGGCCACCACCAACGUGAUCGGCGCUGUGAUCUCGCUCUCGUUCGUCUACCCGACCAACCAGUGGCUGACCAUCAAUGGCACCCUCACGCUGGUGGGCGAUCUCACGCUGGUCGUGAACGCGGGCACCUGGCCGAACAACGUCAUCCUGGUGCCUACCGGCGGACAGCUCGUCCAGAAGGGCAACCUCAACUUUGUGGGCGGCAAUGCGCGCUAUGCCGGUUCGGGCAUCACCGUGCAGGGAGUCUACAAGCAGACCGGAAACCUCAAGGCCGUGUCCACAGGCGCCACGGCCUUUGGAGCCGUCGUCCAGCUCGACCAGGGCACCUGGCUGCAGGACACCGGAGCCAGCGUUGACAUGCAACUUAGCCUGAGCAAUGGCGUGUCUUUCACGAACGGCGGCUCGUGGCUUCAGAAGGGCGACAUCAACAUGAAGCUCGAUCAGAGCUCGAAUGGCGUUGCUUGUCUUGUGAAGCCCAACAAGGUCUGGGUGCAACAGGGACGCGUCAGCAUGACCACCUCCAACUUCAGCGUCGGCAUCUCGCUCAACACAGGCAAGUGGCAGGGCUUUGGCGACAUCAACAUGAACGUGCUGGACUCUGGAAGCGACAGCAUCAGUUGCUACAAUCCCACCGUGGAUGUGGUCGGUCGCGUGCUGGUCCAGAAGAACAAUGCCUGCUACACCCUGCUGGUUCCGGCCCGAUGCGCCCUCAAGCCCACGUUCUGCCCAGCAUAA